ACCAUGGGCUUCCAUACUCAUUCUUAAUUGCCACACCAAACGGUAUCGUUUCACUACUGCAAGUAGACAAAAACUGGUUUUACCGGCUAAAAAUGUUACCUCCUACCGGUACCCGGUUUCCACAGUUCAGGUAGUUUUCCCCCCUUUUUAUUUUCUUAAUUUCUUAAAUGGAUUAUUUUAGUAAGAUGAUGAUAGCAUAGGGGUAAAAUAGGUAAAUUAAACAAUUGAGGUGUUAUAGUGGCCCCCACUCCUCCAACAAACUAACUAACUAUUUUAACUGAAAAUUUCAGUUUAUAUUUCCCGCUGCACCACCACCAGUAUAAUGUGUAUGUGUAUGUAUACAUAUAUGUAUAUACAACCACCUCCAUUUUUGCAUUAUUGAAAUUCAGAAAACACAAAUUUUACUCGGAAAAAAAAAAGAAACCGUUCUAAUUUCCAAUUUUUGACUAUUCUUCUGUUCUAUCUUUGUUGUGUACAAACAAAUGGGGGACGUAAAUCGUCUUGUGCUCGUCGUUGAAACUACGAAGACCCUGCUUCAUUAUUGGCGCACCAUUCUCAGAGAUUACAUCGAAAAACUCGUCAGGGCAUUUUGUGGUAACAAAGCUAUGAAUAAAACUGGUCCUAGUAUUGCAUUGGCUCUAGUUGAAUUCAAUGCUCGUGGGUCUAGCAACUUUGUUGAUGCAGCUUCCUUGGUAAGGCGGAGCAACUGGACAACAAAUGUGGAUAAUUUCUUCAAUUGGCUGCGUGGUAUAGAAUUUACUGAUGCUGACGUACCCGAUGUUGCAAUUGCUGAAGGACUUAAUGAAGCUUUAACGAGUUUUGGUUUGCAUAAUCAGAUGUUUCCUUCCCCAAAUUUAAUCCAAACUCAGCAAAAUGAGGGCCUUCGAAAUCAUUGUAUCCUUGUUGUUGCUAAUAAGUCAGAUAGCUGUUUAUCUAAUGCCGUGAUGGUAGCUCAAUCAUUUCCUCAGUUAUCUGUUUCUCUGUCAGUUAUAUGUCCAACUCAGCUUAUAGGAAUCGAAUCAAUCUACAAUGCGGGCAAAAAGAACCCUUCGGCAGCUGAUCAAACUAUUAACCUUGUGAAAAAUUCACGUAAUCUAGUUCUCAUCUCAGAAAAUUUCAAAGAGGCGUGUGAUGAUCUAAGUCAAUUGGGAAUAACAACGGAGGUUGCUUCACUUUCUCCAGUUUCACCAGGGAAGAGGAAGAAACCAGACAGUCCAGACAUCACAUCAUUCAGUAGGAGGAGCCAGAUAAGCCGAGUUAACGAGCCUCCAAUGAAUUGGCAACCCGUGUCGGUGGGAAGUAUUUCUUCUGAAAUAGAUGACCAUAGUACCAUGGAUAUGCCUGACAUUAUAUAUGGAGGCACUGCUUCAUCCGUACCUGGUGCUCAAACUGUAAAAUCAUUCGGGCAAUCAAGCAACACGCUGAUGACUCUGUCAGCAGCAUUAUCAGUGAUUGCACAGGAUGCAGCUCAUGAUUCAUCAUCUUCCGCCACUUCUACAAAUCCUGGGAGUACAAGCCUUGGCAUUCAACGACCACUAGAUGUUCAAGAUUAUGUCGGCAUGGAUCCAUUUCCAUCUGUAGUGAUCCAAGAAAACCUUCCAGCGCAACAACUGCUGCAAACUGGAACGGACAUGAACCUCAAAACGACAAGUGCGGUUCAAUCCUGUAUGCCUGCAACUGAAACAAUGAUGCCUCCUCCUGACACGUCUCAGACAGCAGGCACAUCAAAUGCACCACAAGCAGAGGAGGAAGAGGAGGAGUUUCUAGAUCUAUGGGAGGGGGACUUAACUGCUAUACAGAACGGUCAGACUGUCAUCAUUACCAAAUUAAAGGGUUACCGGUCUUUGACUGAUCCUGUGACGCUUGCAGAAGAUUGGCCAUCUACAAUGCUAAUAGAUGCCUUUCUACCUGAAAACUUUAUCAAAAAUAGAAAAAAUGAUGAAAAAACAGAUUUUGUUGUUUUCGAACCGAUGAGUCAGGAUCAUACAUUGCUUGAAAAAAUGCAGAGAACCAAGGAUUUGGCAGUCGUACGCUUACCAUCACAGCUGCUACUACUUAUGCCGCCAGUUGAGAAAGACAAUCCGAUGACUGGAAUACUUCUCCCUAAGGAUGCGAUGGCAGAAGAUAUUUCAAAAUACUUACAAGAUCAGGGACAAGUAAAUUCUUGGCAAGGGCCAAAAACAUGACCAGAAGAUUUAGGGGGGGGCUUCAGUAAACUGAACAAUCUAUAAAUCAAACUUGUGGAAAUAUAGAUACAGCGGAUAGUAAAAUGUAUGUCUGUCUAGCGAUGUGUAUUGUACAGAUGUUCAUCCAUGUUUUGAGCUUCUGAUGUUACUAACCAUGUGAUUGAUGAUGUUUAUCUUUUUCUAUGCUAUAUCUUUGUUAUUCUCAA